AUGCACUACAUGUUGUUCAACUGUUGGUCCCUAGAACGGACUAAUUCAGACGGCGCACAGACUAUAUACUCCACCGCUUAUUGCAGCACUGGAGCCGCUGGAAAAGUAGCCCACUCCGACUCGGAACACAUGAAGACACACUUCAAAUCCAGUGCUGCUAUAAAAGGAGGCAGCGCAAACCAGCCCUUAAAGAGAGGGGAGGGUCCUUCCCUGGAUGCAGCACAAUUUAUGACUGCCACCCAGAUCCAGGACUUAAUUAAUAAGUCAGUCCAAGCGGCCCUGGCCUCAUCCAUAAUGCCCUCUGGCCUGCAACAACAGGUUACCAAUAUCUCGGCUCCCCUUCAUGGCGGAGACCCACAUGUAAAAAAGGGCAAGGCUUCCCAUAAAAGGAAGCACACCUCUGACUCCCCGGCAGGGGAAGAUAAUAACAUGCUCCAGACAGCCCCUACCCCGGUCUGUCAACCCCAGCAUCCCUCUGACUCCGCUCGACCCCUGGGCCUCGGGGAGUUACAUGGCAAGAGGCGUAAGUCCGCUAAGCGCACUAAACCCGACUCCUAUGUAGACUCCUCUACUGAGGACUCUUCGGGUUCAUCUAAUGAGUCUGAGGACUACGAGUCAGACCCAAAUGUUGAACAGGAUGCUGGGGAUACGGCGCUCGUCACCGACGCCAACCCUGCCAUGCAGGGCAAUGUUGUCCUGGAUUCCACAGGAGAGCCCCUUUUUCACCCAGACGCGAUCUCCCAUCCGAGAUCAGGCGACUGGUCUCCACUUCCCCAUGUGGCCCAAUAUGUAGAGCUCUGGGCUCGUAAAUCCCUGGAUAGGUCCAGCCGCAAUAAGCUCAGGGCAGAAUGCCCUAGACCCUUUAUCCCCAAUAAGGUGGUGGCUACCCCGGAGGUGGACCCCAUCCUGAUGAAAUACCUAUUAAAAUCGGGUAAAUUUCCUAAGAAGGGAAUAGAACGUUCCUUCAAAACCAUACAGGAGCGUAUCCUGGAUUUAAUGGGUCCACUCACUAAGAUCCUUAAUUUAGCCGAGCAUGCUGCGGCGUCUGAGGAACCCGUGGACGUCCGUCAGCUACGCGGCUGGGCCCAGAGAGCCAUUUGCCUGAUAAGGCCCAAACUUCCCUUAAAAAAUCGGGGUCCAGUAAUAUUUUUCCCCGGGCCGGCAGAAGUAGAGGCCGAUCUGCCGGCCGUUCUGCUCCCUACAGGCCACAGGGCAGACCAGUGGCCCAAUACCAGUAUUCCCAGGCCCCUCCUUCCUACACCGUUCCAGUGGUCCAACCAUCCCCAUUCUUCCCUCCUCGUGGUCGACCCUGGAGAAGUCGUGGCGGACGUGGAUACCCCCGCUCCCGUCCUUCUACCGGUGAGUGUACCAUACAGACCACUUUCUCAUAUACCUGUGGGGGGGCGACUGAUGUAUUUUACCCAAGCCUGGUCUGCGAUUACGGCAGACGUGUGGGUCCUUCAGACAGUGGCGGGGUUUCACCUAGAACUCCAGUCCUUACCGGUUCUGGGAGUAAUUCCAGCCCCUAUCCGGUUCUCGGAGCAAAACGCGAUCCUCAUAGACAACGAGGUGCGAGAUCUCCUGUCCAAACAUGCGAUCAUGGAGUCCGACCAAUCUUCCCUAGGGUUCAUAAGCAACCUCUUCCUAGUAAGGAAGAAAGGGGGCGGCUACCGCCCGGUCAUAAACCUGAGAGGCCUAAACCAACAUGUCAUGUAUCGCCAUUUCAAAAUGGAGGGAAUUCACUCACUCCGGGAUCUCUUGCUGCCAGGAGACUGGCUGGUGAAGGUGGACUUGAAGGACGCCUACCUUACCGUUCCCAUACACCCGGAGUCACAACAGUUCCUCCGUUUUCUUUGGAGGGGCAGAUUGUGGCAGUUUACGUGCCUUCCGUUCGGCCUAUCAUCCGCCCCGUGGUGUUUCACCAAACUGAUGAAACCGGUGGUGGCGGCUCUGAGGAGCAGGGGGGUUCGUCUGAUCAUUUACUUAGACGACCUUCUUAUCAUGGCCCGAUCCAAAUCUCAGGCCUCCCUUCACAUGUCGUGGACAAUAUCGUUGCUUCAUACUCUAGGCUUCGUGGUCAACCGAGAAAAGUCGGUUCUCGUCCCGGCUCAGGAAAUGGAGUUCCUGGGUUUCUUGGUGGACACCAAUCGCGCACUACUGCGGCUCCCCAAGUCCAAACUAGCCCUGAUCCGCAAAGAAAUCAAGGCGGUUUUGCGCAAAGGAUGCUUGUCAUUAAGGAUUCUGGCGCGCCUGGUGGGGCUCCUAGCGGCUUCCAUCCAGGCCAUCUUUCCGGCCCCUCUGCACUACCGAGCCCUUCAGAGGCUCAAGAUCUUACAUCUGCGCCAGGGUCUCAGGUACGCGGACAAAGUACCCCUCUGUCCGGCGGCUACCGAGGAGUUACAUUGGUGGCUUCGUCAUGCGGUCGAGUGGAAUGGCAAGGCCAUUUUCAACCCGCGUCCGGACGUCAUCAUAGAGUCGGACGCGAGCCGUCUUGGCUGGGGCGCUCGAUGCGGGGAGAUUUCCACAGGAGGGACUUGGUCCGCAUCGGAAGUCGACCUGCACAUCAAUGCACUGGAGCUUCUGGCGGCUUUCUUUGCCGUCAAGAGCUUCAUGCCUCGUUCGUCCAACUGUUGUGUGUUAUUACGCAUGGACAACGUGGCGGCGGUUCAGUACGUCAACCGCUUGGGGGGUACCAGAUCCAAGAUCCUGGCAGACCUGGCCAAGGAAUUUUGGCACUUUUGCCUAGCUCGCAACAUUAUCCCGGUAGCGGAGUACAUUCCAGGGGUCUCCAACACGGUGGCCGAUUGGAAUUCUCGCUACCUUCUCGAUUCCAGCGACUGGCGCCUGGACCGUUCAAUUUUUCUGCAGUUGCUUCAUCUUUGGGGCCCGUUAGGCGUGGAUCUUUUCGCUUCUCGUCUCAACCACCAACUGCCUCGUUUCUUCAGCUGGAGACCGGAUUCGGAAGCGUCUGCGGUAGACGCUCUCCGCCUCCUCUGGCCGAGGGGAACUCACUAUGCCUUUCCUCCUUUCCAGUUGAUCCCCAGGGUCCUCUUGCAUACGACGAACCAGAGGGCGACGGUUGUGCUGAUCACACCUUGGUGGCCGACACAACCAUGGUUCCCUCUUCUUUUGGGGAUGAUCGUGGAUUAUCCCCGACUGUUACCCCAAGUUCCUCACCUUCUCACCAACCCGGCCGGGAACCUCCAUCCCCUGGUGAUGGAGGGCAACCUGCCUCUCCUAGCGUGGUAUCAAUCGACCUGGGAUGUCUCCAGGUUGCUCGAUAUGUUUGCCUCAUGGGUGGACAAUGACGACCUUUCCCUGAAACUGUUGUCUUAUAAACUGACGGUCCUUCUUUGUUUGGUAUCCAUCAAACGUUUCUCGGACGUGAAAGCUUUGGAUAUCUCUAGGCGACAAUUUUCGCCUCAGGGAGUCAAAUUCUCGGUGGUCCGUAGGACCAAGACAGGUAUUCACUCGGUUUUUUACCCGUUUUUUCCCGCGCAUCCACGGCUUUGCGUGGUUCGUUGCUUACAGGCGUACGAAUCACAGACGGCGGAUCUGCGCUCUCCGGAUUUUUCUCAGCUCCUGGUCUCAUAUGUCAGACCACAUCAUCCAGUUUCCUCCGCUACUCUAGCACGCUGGGUGCGGUCUGCCAUGGAGAUGGCAGGUAUAGAUGUGUCUCUGUUUGGAGCUCACUCUUCCAGGGGCGCUAUGGCUACGAAAAUCGUCACAUCAGGGGGCUCCCUCUCUGACUUAUUGAUGGCGGCCGAUUGGUCUUCGGAGACCACCUUUCGCCAUUUCUACUUCAGGCCGGAGGACCACGUGUCUAUGAUAUUGAAAGCAGUGGCGGUUUUCCUGAGUUCGGAUGACCUGUUUGGUUCCUGUUAUUUGGUUCCUCUAUAG